AUAAUAACAUUUUGUAUAAAAUUUUAGCAACGGAUUCAAUUAAGUUUUCUUCUGCAGUCAGCAUCUGUUGAAUUUUGCUUAGUAAAACACUUGUACAUAAACAUUUGUUUAGUAUUAAAAGUUUAAAAUAUUUGUCUUAAUAGUGCUAAGAUCAUUUUAUAAUUUUCUUGGAUAUUCUACAAGUUAAUUUAAUUGUAAAACAGACAUCAUGGAAUCAUCUCUGAACAAAGAAUUAUUGGAGAAGUUUAAGAAGGCAUUUUAUGUUGAUGAGAAAAACAUAUUGUCUCAAAAUGUCUGUUCUCGCCAAGACCCCUUUGAAGUCUCAUUAUCCAGGAAGAAACUGGAAGAAACUCAAAAUAUUUUUAACCAUAAGAUUGAAUCUGAAGCAAAGCCCAUUACACACCAAAAGAAUUCUGGACGCUGUUGGCUUUUUGCUGCAUUAAAUGUAAUGAGACUUCCUUUCAUGAAGCAACUGAACAUUGAAGACUUUGAAUUCUCUCAAGCUUAUCUAUUUUUCUGGGAUAAAAUUGAGAGAUGUAACUUCUUUUUGCAUACUAUCGUAGAAGCUGCUAAACGAAAUGAAUCAGUAGAUGGCAGAUUGAUUUCUUUCUUAUUGCAAGUACCAGCCAAUGAUGGUGGUCAAUGGGAUAUGCUAGUCAAUCUCAUACAAAAACAUGGUAUUAUGCCUAAAAAGUGCUUUCCAGAAUCUUUUAGUUGUGAAUCUAGUGGAAGAUUGAACCAAUUAUUAAAAAGCAAGUUGCGUGAAUAUGCAAAGGAACUUUAUGGACUGGUUACCAAUGGAAUCAAUGAAGCUGAUGUUCAAAAUACGAUCGAAAAGCAGAUGCUUGUCAUUUAUCGUAUAGUUGGCAUUUGCUUAGGAAUUCCGAAUGAAACGUUCACUUGGACUUACUAUGAUAAAAAUAAGAACUUCCAUUGCAUCGGCCCUAUUACUCCCAAAGAGUUUUACGAGAACCACGUCAAGCCUGUUUUCAACGUUGAAAGCAAAAUUUGUUUGGUAACUGAUCCUAGACCCACUAACCAAUAUGGUAGGGUGUAUACCAUUGAUUGUUUAGGAAAUGUUUUGGGGGGCAGGAAGUGCAUUUAUAACAAUCAGCCUGUUGAAACUUUAAUGGAACUAGUAACAAAGAGCAUAAAGGAAAAUGAAGCAGUGUGGUUCGGAUGUGAAGUAUCUAAGAGAUUUGCCAGCAAGCAGGGGAUACAAGAUCUUGCAAUUCAUGACUUCAAAUUAGUUUUUGGCACAGACAUUCAAAUAACAAUGUCCAAAGCAGAUAGAUUGCUAUAUGGAGAGAGUGCCAUGUCGCAUGCGAUGGUAUUUACCGCUGUUUACGAAGACAACAACGGUGACGUGAAAAAAUUCCGCGUAGAAAAUUCGUGGGGUGAAGAUCGCGGUGACAAAGGCUAUUUAAUAAUGACCGACGAUUGGUUCAAAGAAUUCGUCUUUGAAGUAGUAAUCGAUAAGAAGUUUGUACCUCAAUCAAUUUUAGAUGUAUUCAAGCAAGAGCCGAUAGUGUUACCGGCAUGGGACCCUAUGGGUACUCUUGCUUCGGCUAAAUAGACAUUUUUUCGUAUGAAACGAACACAAAUUAGAAAAAAAAAACGUAACCGAUAUUCAGUUUAUAUAAUCUAUAUAUUGAUAUAUUAAUUUUUUUAAUUUAAAUUGUAUUUUUCUAAUCGUAAGUUUAUUGUAUUUUUUUAUGUAUAAAUAAUUAUAUCCAGUUCUUAAUAUUGAGUUUACAGAAAAAUAUAAAUUAAUUGAGAAUUUUAA